AUUUUGCGUUAUAGUUCGUAGGUUUGGUUGCAAGAUCAUCAUCAAUCCAUCAUCAUCAAUUCAUCAUCAUCGAAUGUGUUGUGUGAGAAAGAAGAAGUGACAGUUGUGCAUCGUUCGUCAAUGGAAAACCAAUUGUAUUGAUUCCAAACCAAUAUUAUUCCAUUGGAGUUCACGUUCUCUUCUUCACCGCUCACCAAAAUUCACAGACAAAAUUACGUCAACAGCUUCGUAGCAAAUGUGUGUUAUGUAAUAAUCCCUUCACUACUCAACACGUUGAUCUCAACUUUUCCUUCUUCACUCUGCCUUCUCCUCACUCUGACUUCAAUCUUUUUGAUCUGUCCCCGUUUUCUUCUUUCUACAGCCUUUGCCAGGCAAUACAGCAUUGAUGUGAGAUCUGGUUUUGAAGAGAUAUGCAGAGAGAAAAUAGUUUCAACCAUCCAUCGAGCCCUAGUGCUCGACUUCGACACCGUAGGAGAUCGAAUGAGGGAAAUGAAAUAUGCACAAUUGAAUAUAAUUUUCUAGAACUUGUCAAUGAAGUUACCAAUGAUGAUUGCUGUUGGAAAGCAAUUCAGUUUUGGCAAUCUUAUUAUGGGAUUGUGGAGGAUUUGAAGUCAAAUGGAAGCCAUUUACUUGUUAAUGACAGAAAUAAAUAUAAGUCAAUGUUGAUUCGUGCCUAUUCAUCUGUCUGGAUGAUUGGAGGGUUUGCAUUAGUAAUAUACCUUGGACAUCUAUAUAUUAUGGCUAUGGUGGUAGUAAUCCAAAUCUUUAUGGCACGAGAACUUUUCAAUCUACUUAGGAGGACUCAUGAAGAUAGGCAGCUCCCAGGAUUCCGGUCAUUAAACUGGUACUUCUUCUUCACGGCAAUGUUUUUUGUCUAUGGCCGUCUUCUCAGUCAACGGCUUGUCAAUACUGUAACAACAGAUAAAGUUCUGUAUCAGCUUGUUAGCAGCCUCGUCAAGUAUCAAAUGGCCAUUUGCUAUUUUUUGUAUAUUGCAGGUUUUAUGUGGUUCAUUCUUACUCUAAAAAAGAAAAUGUACAAAUAUCAGUUUGGCCAGUAUGCAUGGACACACAUGAUCUUGAUAGUUGUGUUUACACAGUCUUCGUUCACUGUUGCUAACAUCUUCGAAGGAAUCUUCUGGUUUCUUCUUCCAGCAACACUCAUUGUAAUCAAUGACAUUGCUGCAUACUUCUUUGGAUUUUUCUUUGGACGAACCCCAUUGAUCAAGAUAUCACCAAAGAAAACUUGGGAGGGAUUCAUAGGAGCCUCUGUGACAACUAUUAUCUCGGCAUUUAUGCUUGCGAACAUUAUGGGUCGGUUCAGUUGGCUCACUUGUCCAAGAAAGGAUUUAUCAACUGGUUGGCUUCACUGUGAUCCGGGUCCCAUGUUCACACCAGAAUUUUUUACUUUGCCAGGAUGGAUUCCUACAUGGUUCCCAUGGAAAGAUGUUACCAUUUUGCGAGUUCAGUGGCAUGCUAUAUGUCUUGGUUUGUUUGCGUCAAUAAUAGCUCCUUUUGGCGGCUUCUUUGCGAGUGGCUUUAAGAGAGCUUUUAAAAUCAAGGAUUUUGGUGAUAGCAUUCCUGGACAUGGUGGAAUCACAGAUAGGAUGGAUUGUCAGAUGGUGAUGGCUGUGUUUUCAUACAUCUAUCAUCAAUCAUUUGUUGUGUCUCAGAGCAUAACUGUUGAAUCAAUUAUUGAUCAGGUACUAAUGAAUCUUACAUUCGAGGAGCAACAACUUCUUUUCACGAAACUUGGGCAAAUGCUGCAAGACAGGCUGUUCCUGCAAUAGUAACAUCUGUCGUCCUUUUGUAUAUGGUGAUCUAGGAUUAAAAAUUGAAUACUGACCUGUACAUGGAUAUUGUUUCGUAAUUUUUUUCCUCGUAUAAUUUAUCUGCAACAAGUCUUGGAAUUUAGAUGAUUGUUUCUACAUUUGCACUUUGUAUAGUUUAUGUGCAUCUUGAUUUGUACAAGAGAGGGUGGAACCAUGGCCUCUCUUUUUUAUUUUAGAGCAUGCGUGUAAAUACCAUUGAAAACUAAGCUUGAUGAACUGAAGUUUAUGUCUUACAUAAUUUCAGCUCUGUUACAGACCUGUUCAGUAGAA